AUGAAGAACUCAUUUCUAUCUAUCUAUCUAUCUAUCUAUCUAUCUAUCUAUCUAUCUAUCUAUCGAAUUUCACAUAUAUCUUCUGGUAAUAUCUAUCUACCUUCAAAUCUAUCUAUCACUGUUUAUCUAUCUGUCUAUCUCAAUUUGUUCAUAUCUAUCUAUCUAUCUAUCUAUCUAUCUAUCUAUCUAUCUAUCUAUCUAUCUAUCCCAGUCUGUUCAUAUCUAUCGAUCUAUCUAUCCCAUUCUGUUCAUAUCUAUCUAUCCCAGUCUGUUCAUAUCUAUCUAUCUAUCUAUCUAUCUAUCUAUCUAUCUAUCUAUCUAUCAAAAAUCCGGAAGAACGCUCAACAGUAUUUUGUUUAUCUAUCUAUCUAUCUAUCUAUCUAUCUAUCUAUAUAUAUAUAUCUGUGUUCAUGUUUAACUAUUUUUCUCCUUCCUCUCUCCCUACAUAUAUCUAUCUCGCUAAUUUGUCGUCUGGCAGACUUAGCGCUCUCUCUUGCUCUCUCCCUCUCUCUCUCUCUCUCUCUCUCUCUCUCUCUCUCUCUCUCUCACACACACACACACAUUGAUAAUACAGACAGUCUAGAAGGACAACGCUGA